AUCUUCUCAAAACUCCGAAAUCGCCGCUCGAAUGUUCUAUCUAUCUUCUUCUUCUCUGUAACUAAUCCAAUCCAUUGAAACCAAGAAAUUCUACUAAAUAUCUCAUUGGUAUACAACGCAAAAACCCUCUUAUGGGCACCUCUUCAGCGCUCUCCUUCUGCUCUAAUACUAAUGUUUUACUCCGACCUGGAAUACCCAUUUCCCGUACAUCUAUUUGUCCACCUAAUCUUCCAUUUCUUGUUAAAGACCCACAUUUUGUUAAUAGAAAGAUUCCCAUGUUGAAAAUCUUUCAAGUGAGAUCAGAUUCUGCCGGACCCAAGCGGAAGGUUUACAGACAGUCGCAAACUCAAGGACCCUUAUCCUCUGUUCCUGUUAAGGAUAUUGCUUCUUUCAUUAUUCCUGCUGGCGCCUUUGUUGUAGCCACUUUUGUUUUAUGGAAAUUGAUGGAGAAACUCCUCCUUCCAAAGCCAGUGAAGACUUCAUCAUUAGAAGAUAAGCCUUCUGGUAAAGGAAUGAAGUGGUCAAUUGCUCCUGGGACAAAUUUGUUAUCGGGUUUUGGGGCGAAGAUUGAAAGGGAAUCUAAGCUGAAACUGAAUGAGUUUUCUAAAGAGAUUAGGGUAUUUACAAGUGUUGAUAUGUCAGGUCGUAACUUUGGAGAUGAAGGAUUGUUUUUUCUUGCUGAGAGCUUAGCCUAUAAUCAGACAGCUGAGGAAGUCAAUUUCACUGCUAAUGGGAUAACGGCAGAUGGUAUUAAAGCAUUUGAUGGUGUUCUUCAGUCAAACAUUGCGUUAAAGACUCUUAACUUAUCUGGAAAUCCCUUUGGAGAUGAAGGUGCUAAGUGUUUAUCUGAGAUACUAAAGAAUAAUAGUGGGAUUCAAAUGCUUCAACUGAAUAGCACAGACAUAGGAGAUGAGGGAGCCAAGGCUAUUUCUGACAUGUUGAAGAUCAAUUCAACCUUACUUAUUCUGGAACUUAACAACAAUAUAAUUGAUUUUUCUGGGUUCCAAAGUAUUGCUGCAGCUCUUCUGGAAAACAAUACACUGCAAUCUUUGUCUCUGACUGGCAAUUAUGGUGGUCCUCUGGGGGCUUCUGCACUGGCAAAAGGGCUGGAGGGAAACAAAACAUUGAGGGUGCUCAAUUUGAAUGGGAAUUCCAUAGGAGAUGAAGGUGUUCGAAUUCUGAUGUCUGGCUUAUUUGAACGAAAAGGGAGAAUACAGCAUCUGGACAUUGGAAACAAUUCAAUCAGUGUGAAAGGUGCUCAUCGCGUUGCAGAUUAUGUUAAGAGAAGUAAGAGCUUGUUACUUUUGAAUCUCUACAUGAAUGAUAUUGGAGAUGAGGGAGCUGAGAAAAUGGCAGAAGCUCUAAAGGAGAACCGGUCAGUUACAAACUUAGACCUGGGUGGCAAUAAUAUUCAUACGAGAGGAGCCAUCGCUAUUGCUCAAGUUUUGAAGGAUAAUAAUGUUAUCACCAAUUUAGAAUUUGGAUAUAAUCCCAUCGGACCAGAAGGAGCCAAAGCUUUUGCAGACGUUCUGAAGUUUCAUGGAAAUGUAAAGGUUCUUAGUCUUGGUUGGUGUCAGAUUGGAGUAAAGGGUGCCGAGUACAUUGCUGAUUCUUUGAAAUACAAUUCGACUAUAUCAACUCUGGAUUUACGGGCUAAUGGACUUCGAGAUGAGGGUGCAAUGUUGCUUGCUCGGAGUUUGAAAGUUGUUAAUGAAGUUUUGACCUCUCUCGAUCUAGCGUUCAAUGAAAUCAGGGAUGAGGGAGCAUUCUCAAUUUCACAAGCACUUAAGGCUAACGAAGAGGUUAGACUUACGUCGUUAAAUCUUGCUAGCAACUUGCUCACGAAACUCGGGAAGACUGCACUUACAGAUGCUAGAGACCAUGUGUUUGAAAUGACGGAGAAGGAAAUUGCCAUCAAUUUUUGAACAGUAUUUAAUUACCAAAAAUUUCAUUUGGUUUUUGUUUUGUGGAAGCCUUUGAUUUUUCUUUUGAGGCAAAAGUUUGGUUUUGUAGUACAAUUUUUAUUAUGCAGAAGUUUAGUUUUGUAGUACAAUUUUUAUAAGUGCAAAAUUUUAGUUU